AUGCUUCGAGUCGUCUCCCGCUUUGCCGGUAGGCCACAGGUGACCGCACCCUUUGCGUCGCUCACUUCUACUGCGACUGCAACUGCAGCUACUCCCUUUACUCCUUUUACGACUACUCGGUUAUUGUCCUCUACCAGCAAGUCCAAUGAUGACAAGUACUUUCAAAGGACAUCCUUUGUGCAUCCUCUUUCUCAAGUGGUCUUGGAAUAUCUACAAGCCAAAAAGGGUGGCUGGCUGCUGCAACAAGGACUCGAUCGCCACCUUACGAUCAACCCCGAUGGUUCCUUUCAACUCCAGUACGCAAAUGAAGAUCCAAACGUGAAUCAGGCCCGAAUAUUCACCACCUAUGACCGGAUGGAAGCCAAACAUUACCUGGUAGUCCAAAAGGGUUAUUUGAAUGAACGAUACCUGCUCCAAGACAACAAGGCAUCUCCGUGGCAUGCCAAUAAAAAGUCUGUGUACGAUCGCAUCCAUGUUUCGGUGGACGAAUUGAUUCAUGCCGUCGAACGAGUGGAUGGUCUGCAACGAGAAAAGAACUUUUCAUCAAGAAAAUAG